AUGGAAGAUGGUCACUCCCUUUUCGAUUACAGCGUUGGACUGAACGAUAUCGUUCAGCUCUUGGUCAGACAAAGCCCAGCAGUGCUUCCUGCUGUUAGUAAGGAGAAGGAUUCUGAACUCUCCGACACAGACUCUGGCUGUGGCUCAGGCCAAAGCGAAUCUGACAAAAGCUCUCACAACGGAGAAGGUGCCAUGGAACUGGAGGGACAGCCGAGCACAGCGGCGCAGCCUGACUGGACUGACCCGGGAUUUGGUCUCUAUAAGAUCAAUGACUUGGUCGAUGCUCGAGAUAUGAAUAUGGGAGCAUGGUUUGAAGCCCAGGUUGUAAAUGUAACCAGAAAAAAACCUACAAAUGAAUCAGCUGACAGUUGCACAGAUCCUGAUCAGCCGACAGCCAUUCCUGAAGAAGAUGUAAUAUACCACGUGAAAUAUGAGGAUUAUCCAGAGAAUGGAGUUGUAGAAUUGAGUUCGAAUGAUGUACGCGCUCGUGCACGGACUAUUUUGAAGUGGCACCAGCUAGAAGUAGGACAGGUGGUGAUGGUCAACUAUAAUCCCGAUGAACCAAAAGAGAGAGGUUUUUGGUACGAUGCGGAGAUUCUGCAAAAACGGGAAACAAAAAUGAUUAAGGAGAUAAAUGCAAAGAUCUUACUUGGGGAUGCUGGUGAUUCCUUGAAUGACUGCAGAAUUACAUUAGUGGAUGAAAUUUAUAAAAUUGAAGAACCAGGCAGUGCUUGUCCAAUUAGUGCCAGUCCAUUAAAACGACAAAAUGGACCUGUGUGUAAAGCUUGUAAGGACAACCCAAACAAGACCUGCAGAAUUUGUGCUUGCCAUAUCUGUGGAGGUAAACAAGAUCCAGAUAAACAGCUAAUGUGUGAUGAGUGUGAUAUGGCUUUCCACAUCUACUGCCUCAACCCUCCCCUUAGUAGUAUACCAGAUGAUGAGGAUUGGUAUUGCCCUGAAUGUCGAAAUGAUGCAAGUGAGGUGGUUUUAGCAGGAGAGAAAUUAAAAGAAAGUAAAAAGAAACAAAAGAUGGCAUCUGCUAAUUCAUCCUCGCGGAGAGACUGGGGCAAGGGCAUGGCAUGUGUUGGUCGCACAAAGGAAUGUACCAUUGUCCCCUCGAACCACUAUGGACCAAUUCCUGGGAUUCCGGUUGGCACCAUGUGGAAGUUCAGAGUUCAGGUGAGCGAAUCUGGUGUUCACAGGCCCCACGUAGCAGGUAUACAUGGCAGAAGUAAUGAUGGCGCCUAUUCCUUGGUUCUGGCAGGAGGCUAUGAAGAUGACAUAGAUCAUGGAAAUUCCUUCACAUAUACAGGGAGCGGAGGGCGCGAUCUUUCUGGAAACAAACGCACAGCGGAACAGUCCUGUGAUCAAAAACUCACCAAUAUGAACAGAGCUCUGGCUCUGAACUGCAGUGCCCCCAUCAACGACAAAAAUGGAGCUGAAGCCAAGGACUGGAGAGCUGGGAAGCCAGUCCGAGUGGUGAGGAAUGUAAAAGGAGGCAAACAUAGUAAAUAUGCUCCUGUAGAAGGGAACAGAUAUGAUGGAAUAUAUAAGGUUGUGAAAUACUGGCCUGAGACAGGGAAAUCUGGAUUUUUAGUAUGGCGUUACUUACUUAGGAGGGAUGAUGAAGAACCUGCUCCUUGGACCAAAGAAGGAAAGGACAGGAUGAAAAAGCUUGGCCUAACAAUGCAGUAUCCUGAAGGGUAUUUGGAAGCUGUUGCAAACAAAGAUAAGGAAAAAGAAAAUAAUGGAGAUGAUGAGUUUGAUACCCCGGGGAAAGGAAAAAGGAAAAGGAAAUCAGCAGGUGGGGAGGAAAAACUCAUUACCUCUCCUACAGGGACUCCAAAGAAAACUAAAGUUGAGCCAUACAAGCUGACAUCUCAGCAAAAAUCUCUUAUAAAAAGUGACGAAGCCAAUGAAAAACUGUGGAAUGAAGUACUAGAAGCUCUCAAAGAUGGACCGAAAUUUCUAAAUAAAGUUGAAGAGGCCUUCUUGUGUAUUUGCUGUCAGGAGGUUGUGUUUCGGCCAGUCACAACUGUAUGCCAACACAAUGUGUGCAAGGAUUGUUUAGAUAGAUCCUUCAAAGCUGAUGUGUACAGUUGUCCAGCCUGCCGCUAUGAUCUUGGCAAAAAUUAUACCAUGCAAGUGAAUGAGACACUGCAGACCAUUCUAACUCAGCUCUUUCCUGGAUAUGGCAAUGGACGGUGAUUCUGUAAAGCACUUCUAAUUUUCUUUUGUUCAAACUUAUUAAUGGGUUUUCAAUGGGCUUAAUUUAAAAAAAAAAAAAAGUAGUCUGUGUUCUCCCAGACCCCUAAAAAA